AUGGCAAGUGAUCAAGAUUAUAUCGCACAAUGUAUUCAGGUGAUUAUGUUAGACGCGCCUUCAUGCCGAAGCGGCGGUGUGUCAGUGGUGGGUGCGGCACGCGGCGAAUCCGUCGUGAUCGUAUGCGAGGUGGACGCAGACCCGCCAGCCGCUGUCUUCAAGUGGAAGUUCAACAACUCGGGCGAGACGCUCGACGUAGCCGCAGACAGAUAUACUUCGAACGGCAGUGCAUCAAGCCUCAAGUACACGCCUGUCGCUGAUCUGGACUAUGGAACACUUUCGUGCUCAGCGUCAAAUGAAGUUGGUACACAGCUCGCACCCUGCGUGUUCCAAAUGGUUGCUGCAGGUAAACCUCAUGCACCGCGCAAUUGUACGCUAUGGAAUCAAACAGCUGAUUCAGUGGAAGUGUCCUGCGUGGCAGGCUUCGACGGUGGCCUGCCGCAACGAUUCCUUCUUGAGGUCUACUCCGGCGAUGACGAUAUACCCAGGGUAAAUAUCACAUCAGACGAGCCGUCGUGGACUGUGCGGGGGUUGGAGUGGGAUGUGCGGUUCAGACUGGCUGCCGUGGCUGUGAACAGCAAAGGACGGUCACUUCCUGCGCACCUCGACGAUGUGCUUUUUCGGGACCCUGAAAAAAGAACAGCAUCGGAGAGCGCUUUGGGAGCGGGCGCAGCGGGUGCUGCGAGCGCAGGCGCGGCGGGGGCGGGCGCGGCGCUGGCGCUGCUUGCGUGCGCGUGUCGCGCCGCCCGCCGCCGCCGCGCGCACCCCGUGAAGCCACCCACGAAGCCGCUCGCCCCGCGCACCGAUAAAGCGGAACACGACGACGCGGAACCGGAUCUCAUACCCAACAACUAUUGUGAAUCAUCAGCCGUGCCUGCGCGCACUACGCCCACGUCUAUCUCCGCCCCGCUAACUGCCCCACUGACAGCACCGCUCGUUGUUCCAUUAACAACACCUUUAGCCACUCCGGUAAGCACGUGGGCACCUCGUAGCGCGUCCGGCACGUUGCGGACAGCUGACCUCAACGUCGACGCUAUAAAGGAGAAGCUUCUAGACAAUCGGAUCCCGGAGUCGUGCGUCUAG